UCGAUCACGUGUGUAACGCGCCGGGACCUUGUCCCACGGUCGGUGAUGCCCGGGGACCUCGGCCCGCAUUGUAACAGAAUUCCCUGUUUUUCAGGCUCUCCUCUCUCGCUUCGUCUCGGAGGAUCUCCCACCAUGGAGAAAAGUUUCUUGGUCCUCGACUCUUUGGGGAAUUAUUCCGCUGCCCCAGAGGGUCUGUUGAAGAAUGAAUCUGUGCGGGAACCUGGCGUGUGUCCGAAAAUAAAGAGAGAAUGUAAAGUCCCACAAAACUCAGGAUACGAGCUCUUUAACCCCGAUCUGUCGGACGCCACUCCUGAUGUUAUAGUGAAGGUGGAGCCAGAGGAGGAUCCCUGUACGUGGGGGGCGGAGCUAAGGAGGCAGAGAGACAUUCAGCGCACGACGAGCAGAGGCUUCUCCACCUUCAGGUGGAGAGAAAAUGCUCGGCUGCGCAUGAUACAGAGGGAGGGCAUCCCCUUGCAAGAGAGAGAGCGGCAGCGCAACUUCAAGUUCAGCGAGGAGGAGAACGACGUUCUCAUAAAGAAGAUUUCUGAAAACUACGAGAAGAUUUUGGGCAAAUUAACCCCUAGAACGUCUACUUCAGAGAAGAAGGCCAUUUGGCGAGACAUCGCCGCGUGUGUGAACAGCGUGUCCGUGUAUUCUCGGACCCCCAUGCAGUGUAAGAAGAGGUACGCGGACAUUAAAAAGAAAGUCAAGGAGAAAAUGGCCAAGCAGGCCCGUUACCAGGGCGGGAGAGGAAGUGGCCCCGUGUCCUUCUGGCCGUACGAGAAGCGCGUCAUGAGUCUGAUCUCCAGUAAGGCUGGCCUCGGCUUACCCAAAAUAGCAGAUUCCGGUCACGUCAGUGACGAGGACCACGGUCUGAACGUGUCUAAUUUGAGGCCGAGCUGGCUUGACGUUGGAAACUCCUCCAGCUCUGCGCUCCCUCCGCCACUCACAGAGCAUCAUGGAAGAGAGGAGAGCUUGGAAAUGGCUGAGGACAGCUCGUUAGGAGUAGCAGAAAAAGAUGUGAGUCUAAGCGAUGGAACUGUGGAGCAGGACAGUCCAGAAAGCGACCACAAUGUAGACUGUUCCCAGGGGGACCCGACUCCGUCUGCGCCAUCUCUGUCCUCCGUGUCUGACCAUUCCCAGCAGUCGCUGUUUGAGCGCUCGCUCCAUAAGAAGUUAAACUAUCUGUCUACGUGCAUUAAAGCCCAGACGAUGGUGCUGAGGCAAACAAAUUCCAUCCUACAGAACUUGUCUUCAAACCUACAGACUGGCUUCCAGCAGCUGGUUAACGUCAUCCAGCAGGCCGUCACUGUUAUGAGUCCCGACCACCAGCUGGCACCUCAGUCCACGAGCCCAACGGCCGCAGCCACCGCACCUGACACGAGGAUGCGCAGCGUCCCGGCCAGGAACGUGCGUGGCAGGAUGUCGCGAGGACAGUGUCCUUACAUCUCUUCCCCUCCAGCCAAGAAAAGUAGAUGAAAGCUCCAAGCGCGUCUUUAC